AUGACACAUAUAAUCCCGGUAUUGGCCAAAGUCAUGGAAAGUGUCAUGAAAAUUCAGCUAUUGAAAUACUUUGAAGAAAACAACCUGUUCAUGGUGGGGCAGCAUGGUUUUAGGAGAUGCCACUCCACUACUACGGCAAUAUUAUCACUAGUUGAACAAAUAACCAAGGCAUUUGAGGAGGGUGAAUCAAUGGCGCUUACACUCUGUGAUCUCAGCAGGGUGUUCGACUGCGUAUCACACCAACUACUGCUCCAGAAGUUGUCUCACUAUGGAAUAGGUUUCUACGGUCCACAAGACAUUAGCAUCGUAUCUGCUAAACAGGAAACAGGCCGUCUUUCUGGAUGGUGCGCAGUCGGGGAUCUUGCUGGUCAAGCACGGAGUGCCUCAGGUUUCUGUUCUGGGGCCCUUACUCUUCCUCAUACUGGUCAAUGA